ACUAACACCAAUUGUUGGCAAAUGUUCUAGUCGGCUCUGCAUUUGAAUAAAGAAUGAAUUAAUUAAUAAGCCUUCACUACUGUAUCGUGCAUGAAUCAGCGGGCAAGUAGAGGAUGACGAUGAAUUUGAUGUACCCCCAUCUGACUUUUUGGGAGAAGAAGAUGAGGAACAAGAUAUACAUAGCUGUCUUAUUCUUUGAGAUAAUCGCCAAUCUCGUUCAUCAAAAUGCUCUCUUUUGUCUCAAUUUCCCCCCCUCAGAGACUCAGUAUAUGUUAAUACAAAAUCCUCUGUUUGCUUCUUUGGAGAGAGAAUGGCUGUGGAUCGGACAAAGUUGACAAAGUUGCAGUGAAUUUGUGGAAGAUUGAAGGUAAAGGAAAGCAGAAAAUUUGUCGGCAUUAAAAUAAUCAUUGAAAGCUGAAAAGGGAAGGAGCAGAGGAUCGUCAAUUGCCGGAAGAGUAAGCAUUGAUUAUUAGGUGUUUGAUAAAAGUUUUAGAUUUGCUUUUGAAACUAGGGUUAAUUGUAUUGCAUUUGUAUCAGUUGAGGAUUUGAGAUUGGCAAUCCUAGUUUGUUAGGAUUAAGUGCUUAACGCCAAAAGUUAUUAUGGUGAGUUGAGACUGAAUUUUAUUUCGUUAUAAAUCAUCAUAACAUUUUUGAGAAACGAGUUAUUAGAAUCGAUCUUUUUAAGUCAUUUACCUAAUCAACAAUUUCUCAAUAGUGGAGUGUUAUCUUGACCUCUAACUACCUCUACCCAACAAUUUCCCAGUAGUCAGGUGUUAAGCUUGGUCUUUACCUACUUCUACCCAAUGAUCUCUCAGUAGUCGGAUGUUAUCUUGUCCUUUACCUACCUCUGCUGAACAAUCUUUCAAACCUACCUCUACCCAAUAAUUUCUCAGUAGGUCCGUGUUAAACUUGACCUUUACCUACCUCUGCCUAACAAUUUUUCGGUAAUCUGGUGCUAAACUUAGCCUUUACCAACCUCCCACCGUAAUUGAGCGAGUCCGUGAUUAGGAGGGAAGGGAAAUGGCAACGCCGGUGGGGCCGCCAAACGGUAUUAUGGCUUACGGGAAGCAUUACUUCAGAAUGUGGGAAACGAUUUUUGAAGUGGAUACGAAGUACGUUCCGAUGAAGGCAAUAGGUAGAGGUGCUUACGGCGUGGUGUGUUCGGCGGUGAACAGGGAGACCGGCGAGAGGGUGGCGAUCAAGAAGAUCAAUGACGUGUUUGGGAAUAGAAUGGAUGCGCUUAGAUGUCUUAGAGAGUUGCAGCUUUUGCGUCACAUUCGGCACGAAAACGUGAUCGCUUUGAGGGAUGUUAUGAUGCCGAGCAAUCGGAGUAGUUUCACAGAUUUGUAUUUGGUGUAUGAAUUGAUGGAUACUGAUCUUCAUCAUAUCAUAAAGUCCUCUCAGCCACUCACAAAUGAUCAUUGCAAGUAUUUCCUUUUCCAGGUCCUUCGGGGGUUGGAAUAUCUCCACUCAGCAAACGUUCUCCACCGGGAUUUGAAGCCUGGGAACAUCCUUGUCAAUGCUAACUGUGAUCUGAAAAUAUGUGACUUUGGACUGGCUAGAACAACAAGCGGAGACAACAAUGGACAGUUGAUGACUGAAUAUGUAGUCACUCGCUGGUACCGAGCACCAGAACUGCUUCUCUGCUGUGAUAAUUACGGAACCUCCAUUGAUGUAUGGUCUGUUGGGUGCAUAUUCGCGGAGAUUCUUGGCAGGAAACCACUCUUUCCUGGAACUGAUUGCCUCACUCAGCUCAAACUUAUCAUCACUCUUCUUGGCACCCAACCUGAAGCUCAUCUUCAGUUUAUUGACAACCCAAAGGCUAAGAGGUUUAUAAGAUCACUUCCUUUUUCCAGAGGACCUCACUUCUCUUCUCUGUUCCCUGAAGCGGAUCCUUUGGCGUUAGAUUUGUUGCAGAAGAUGCUUGUUUUUGAUCCAUCCAAGAGAAUCACUGUUUCACAAGCUCUGUAUCACCCUUACUUGACUGGCCUUUAUGAUCCAAUCCAAAACCCCCCUGCCCAAUUUCCUCUCCAUCUUGAUGUCGACGAUAGUACCAAAGAUCUAGCAGUUAUUAGGCAGAUGAUGCUCAGAGAAAUCCUGCAUUACCAUCCUCAACCUGCUCCUGCAUAUGUCAACAACUUUUACUAACUUUUCAAUUCACAGGAUAACAAAGCUAGGGUGAUCAAAUCUCAGGAUCAUCUUCGUGAUGUGUGUUGGGCAUUUGGGCGGGUCGGUCAAAUUCAACCCUGCUCGAUUAGAGACGUGGCGAUGUGACUUACCAUGGAAGAAUAUGGUUAAAUGGUUAAUGUCGAUGCUAUCACCAAUUAGUUUUAAGAAGGAUAUAUCAACCCGAUAAUCAGAGGAGUGCAACGCUUAUUAUCAGAAUUAUUUCAUAAUUUUGUAUUUAUGGAAUUCAGUUUUCCUUUCUUUAAACUCAAGAUUUUGUUUAAGCUUCUGAAUUAUCAAGAUUGCUUUUCUUAGUUCA